AUGGCUGUCACGGAUGGUACUCUCUCUACAAUCCUCAACAACUCUCUACAACCCUCUACAACCCUCAACAACUCUCUACAACCCUCAACAACUCUCUACAACCCUCAACAACUCUCUACAACCCUCAACAACUCUCUACAACCCUCAACAACUCUCUACAACCCUCAACAACUCUCUACAACCCUCAACAACUCUCUACAACCCUCAACAACUCUCUACAACCCUCAACAACUCUCUACAACCCUCAACAACUCUCUACAACCCUCAACAACCCUCUACAACCCUCAACAACUCUCUACAACCCUCAACAACUCUCUACAACCCUCAACAACUCUCUACAACCCUCAACAACUCUCUACAACCCUCAACAACUCUCUACAACCCUCAACAACCCUCUACAACCCUCAACAACUCUCUACAACCCUCAACAACUCUCUACAACCCUCAACAACUCUCUACAACCCUCAACAACUCUCUACAACCCUCAACAACCCUCUACAACCCUCAACAACUCUCUACAACCCUCAACAACUCUCUACAACCCUCAACAACUCUCUACAACCCUCAACAACUCUCUACAACCCUCAACAACUCUCUACAACCCUCAAAAACUCUCUACAACCCUCAACAACUCUCUACAACCUCAACAACCCUCUACAACUCUCUACAACCCUCAACAACUCUCUACACCCUCAACAACCCUCAACAACUCUCUACAACCCUCAACAACCCUCAACAACUCUCUACAACCCUCAACAACUCUCUACAACCCUCAACAACUCUCUACAACAACCUCUAACCCUCACAACCCUCAACAACUCUCUACAACCCUCAACAACUCUCUACAACCCUCAACAACUCUCUACAACCCUCAACAACUCUCUACAACCCUCAACAACUCUCUACAACCCUCAACAACCCUCAACAACUCUCUACAACCCUCAACAACUCUCUACAACCUCAACAACCCUCAACAACCCUCUACAACCCCUACAACCUUCUACAACCCUCAACAACCCUCUACAACCCUCAACAACUCUCUACAACCCUCAACAACUCUCUACAACCCUCUACAACCCUCAACAACUCUAUACAACCCUCAACAACUCUCUACAACCCUCAACAACUCUCUACAACCCUCAACAACUCUCUACAACCCUCUACAACCCUCUACAACUCACUACAACCCUCUGCAACACUCUACAACCGUCUACAACCUUCUACAUCCUUCUACAACCCUCUACAACUCUCUACAACUUUCUGCAACCCUCUACAACCUACUACAACCUUCUACAACUCUCAACAACUUUCUACAAACCUCUACAACUCACUACAACCCUCUACAACUCUCUACAACCCUCUACAACUCUCUACAACCCUCUACAACCUUCUACAAUCUUCUACAAAACUCUACAACUCUCUACAACUUUCUACAACUCUCUACAACCCUCUACAACCCUCAACAACCCUCUACAACCCUCUACAACCCUCUACAACCCUCAACAACCCUCUACAGCCUUCUACAACCCUCUACAACUCACUACAACCCUCUACAACCGUCUACAACCCUCUACAACUCACUACAACCCUCUUCAACUCUCUACAACCUUCUACAACCCUCUACAACCUACUGCAACUUCUACAACUCUCUACAACUUUCUACAACCCUCUACAACUCACUACAACCCUCUACAACUCAUUACAACCCUCUACAAUCCUCUACAACUCACUACAACCCUCUACAACACUCUACAACCUUCUACAACCCUCGACAACCCUCUACCAUCCUCUGCAAUGCUCUACAACUCUCUACAACCCACUACAACCCUCUACAACACACUACAACCCUCUACAACUCAUUACAAUCCUCUACAACCUUCUCCAACCUUCUACAAUCCCCUACAACUCUCUACAACAUUCUACAACCUUUUACAACACUCUACAACUCUAUACAACUUUCUACAAUCCUCUACAACUCACUACAACCCUCUACAACCUUCUACAACCUUCUACAACUCUCUACAACCCUCUGCAACCUUCUACAACCUUCUACAACUCACUAACAACCCUUUACAACUUUCUACAACCCCCUACAACCUCUAUUCAACCGUCUACAACUCUCUAAAACCAUCUACAACCCACUACAACUCUUUACAAACCUCUUCAACCCCUCUACAACCCAAUUCAACCGUUUACAACCCUCUACAACCCUCUGCAACCCUCUACAACUCUCUACAACCCUCUACACCCCUCUACAACCCUCUACAACUCUCUACAACCCUCUACCUCUACAACUACAACUCUCUACAACCCUCUACCAUCCCCUACAACUCUCUACAACCCUCUACAACCGCCUACAACCCUCUACAUCUCCUAAAACCCUCUACAACUCACUUCAACCCUCUACAACUCUCUACAGCUCUCUACAGCCCUUUACAACGCUCUACAACUCUCUACAACCUCUACAAUUCUCUGCAACCCUCUACAACCUCUACAACUCUCUACAACCCUCUACAACCCACUUUAACCCUCUACAACCCUCUACAACCCUCUACAACUCUACAACACUCUGCAACCCAAUUUAACUCUCUUAACCCCUCUACAUCCUUCUACAACCUCUACAACUCUCUAAAACCCACUUCAUCCCUUUACAACUCUCUACAACUCUCUAAAACCCUCUUCAUCCUUCUACAACCCUCUACAACCCACAACAACCCUUUACUACCCUCUACAACUCUCUACAACCCACUACAAUUGUUUACAACUCUCUAA